AUGGAUGACAAACGAGGGACUGUGGGGCCUCACAGUGCUGUUGACUCUAAAAUCAGUAUCACUGCUCAGAAUAGAAGCAAUAUUUCAGCACCUGUGAUAUUAAACUCAACAGUCACUGGAAAUAUUAGCAUUGCUAAUAAUUACUUCACAGGACCUGACACUGAGGUCACAGGGCCUGAAACUCAAAUCAUAGAUACAAGUUCACUGAUCACAGAAUACAAGCAGUUCCUGCUGUCCGAGUAUGCCUACAUCACAGAAUACACCUCCCGUGCUGGUGAACAGGUGCUGCUUAAUGACCGCUACAUUGACCCGCUGAUUGUUCAGAAACACAGAGAAAAGAAAGAGCGAGAAAAUGAAAUGCGCUGUAGAGGGGAAAGAUUCUUCAACACCAGAGAAACUAAUCAGAGAAACCAAAACGUAAGGCUUGAUCAGCUUUUCGGUCCUGAGAAUGGCUCCAAAAAAGUGACUCGAAAAUCUGUAAUUCUCCAAGGUGAUUCUGGAAGUGGGAAAUCAGUCACUGUGCAAAAGAUCGUUCUGGAUUGGGCCUCUGAUGAGCUCUACAUUACACUAUUUGAUGUAAUAUUUCAUCUGAGAUGCAAAGAGCUCAAUGGUCUCUGUGGUGAGAUGAGCCUGGUGGAUCUUUUGGACUGUAGUUUAACUCCAAAUGAGAUUGGUCAGAUUUUAAAAGACAUACCACAGAGGAUCUUGUUCAUCAUUGAUGGUUUUGAUGAGCUCAUGCUUUCUGGAACCAAAGAGUCACUGCCUACAAAACCAGACAUCAAAUCCCAUCCAAUGUCCAUUGUUUGCUCUCUUCUGAAAGGACGUAUGAUGAGAGAGUCCUUCCUGCUGGUUACUACGAGAUCAACUGCUGUUGACAAACUGGAGAGCAUUCUGAAAAAGCCACAGUGCUUUGUGGAGAUUAUGGGAUUUUCGGAGAAAGGAGUGAGUGAAUACUUUCAAAAGUUUUUUGAAGAUGAAGAGUUUUCAAGUCAAGUGUAUGAGCAGGUGAAGAUACACGAGAUGCUCUACACCGCUUGCUUCAUCCCUGUCAUCUGCUGGAUUGUCUGCACAAUUUUCAAGAGAAAAGGAAAGGAUGGAGUUGUAACAAGGGAGCUGACGACAACCACAUCCAUAUUUGUUGAUUUUGUUUUUACACUCUUGAAGCAUCACAGUAGUUUGAAUCAGAAUGAAGAGCUGGACCUCCUCAAGAACCUGGGUCAGCUUGCGGAGAGAGGAACGCUGAAACAUCAAGUCCUGUUUUCCAGAAACAGCCUUCCAAAGCCAAUCUCAGAUUUACCAAACGUUCCCUUCCUAUGCACAUUUCGCCAACAAGAGAGAACUUAUCUGAAGGAGAUGUUUGGGUUCUUGCACCUCAGCUUUCAGGAGUUCUUCACCGCUCUCUUCUACAUGUUUACAGACAAGGAAGAAGCAAAAAUAAAAGUUAAGGAACUGCUGGAAUCAGCAGGCAAUGGGAGGUGCAAUGUGCAUCUCUUACCUGUCAUCCGGUUUCUUUUUGGUCUCUCAAACAAGAAGGUGAGUCGUCUAAUCCCAGGAGAACAUCCAAAGUCGACAAUUACUGUUAUUCGUGCCCAGCUGGAGAAAUGGAUCAGCAAGGUUAUAGAGAAGAACAUCAUGGAUGCAUUCUACAUGAAUGAUUUCAUUCUUCAUUGUCUAUAUGAGCUACAUGAUAGGGACAUACUAAAGAAGGUCAUGAAGCUGUGGGAAUGCUCGGGUAUUAAGAUUCACUGGUCUUUGAAGGGGGUCGACUGUCAGGUUGUGAUGUACUGCCUUCAGUAUUCUUCACGCAUUAUGAGUAUGGAAGUCAAAUGCAAUGCAAAAGAUCUAAAGAUGCUUCACCCUGCGCUUUGUAGGUGUACAACUUUAUGGUAAGUGUUCUGCAAUUACAU